UAAGCCAUGAGUGGAGCGACAAGGACACAUCACACUUCCAUUCAUACAAGAGCUCGCAAUCAAUACAACCUAACACUUUUUUUCUAUUUUUCACCUUUUCACAUCUUUGCCUCUUUCUCCGUGCUUGCAUCAAACCCUUUGGAUGUCCUCCUGCUGACAGAGAGAGAGUGAGAGCUUCUCCCUGCCUAAACCUGGGGACUUUGAGGAAUACAGUAACCGAUAGAAGAGUGUCUCUCCCUCCCCUGGCACUGUCCUCACUACCUGUGGUCCUCUCCAGCGUGCCUGGCUGUGUGGGAGGGGCGCCCGGCUCCCGUCCAGGGGACCCUGAACCCCACAGGGAGGAGGACCCACGCUCCAGAACCAAGAGCCACUGAGGAGGAUGAGGAGGAACACCGUCUAGAGGAAGAGUCCUUUUCCCUCUCCAUUCAAAGAGAACCAGUCUAGUCGAGAAAGAGAGAGGAAGAGGUAGAGAGAGAGAGGGAGAGAGAUUACUGUGCGAAUAAAGAAGAAGACCAGAGAAGGAGAAGAUGUCGUUUGGUGGGUUAACGGCGCUGAAGGAGAGGGUGCUGAAGCCGGGGAAGGAGGAGGUGGGCGACUCUCUGGGGAACCUACAGAGGAAACUGGACGGCUCCAACGUGGACGAGGACAACAUUGAGCUGAACGAGGACGGGCGCCCUGUGGCAGCCCCGCCGCAUAAAGCCCCCCUGCUGGACUGCAGCUGUGGGGGGAUCCCCAAGAGGUACAUCGUAGGCAUCCUCAGUGGCCUGGGCUUCUGCAUCUCCUUCGGCAUCCGCUGCAACCUUGGAGUAGCCAUCGUGGAGAUGGUGAACAACAACACCGUCUAUAUCAAUGGAACUGCAGUGAUGCAGAAAGCCCAGUUCAACUGGGACCCUGAGACGGUGGGACUCAUCCAUGGCUCGUUCUUCUGGGGUUACAUCGUCACUCAGAUCCCAGGGGGGUUCAUCUCCAAUAAGCUGGCUGCCAACAGGGUGUUUGGGGCGGCCAUCUUCCUGACGUCCAUCCUCAACAUGUUCAUCCCCUCGGCGGCCAGGGUGCACUACGGCUGCGUCCUGUUCGUCCGCAUCCUGCAGGGACUGGUGGAGGGUGUCACGUACCCAGCCUGCCACGGCAUGUGGGCCAAGUGGGCUCCACCUCUGGAACGCAGCCGGCUGGCAACCAUCUCAUUCUGUGGAUCCUAUGCAGGGGCCGUGAUCGCCAUGCCGCUUGCUGGGAUACUGGUGCAGUAUGUGGGGUGGCCCUCCGUCUUCUACAUCUACGGUGUUUUUGGCAUCAUAUGGUAUGUCUUUUGGCUCUUGCUGGCCUAUGGUAGCCCCGCAGACCACCCAACUAUCAGCAACGAGGAGAGGUUAUACAUCGAGGACGCCAUUGGAGAAAGGCUCAACCAAUUAAGUGUCACUGAGAAAUUCAAGACUCCGUGGCGCAGGUUCUUCACCUCUAUGCCUGUCUACGCCAUCAUCGUGGCCAACUUCUGCCGCAGCUGGACCUUCUACCUGCUCCUCAUCAGCCAACCUGCCUAUUUUGAGGAAGUCUUUGGCUUCCCCAUCAGUAAGGUGGGGAUCCUCUCCGCCUUGCCCCACAUGGUCAUGACCAUCGUGGUUCCUAUUGGAGGACAGCUGGCAGACUACCUGCGCAGCAAUAAGAUCCUGUCAACUACAAACGUCCGGAAGAUCAUGAACUGUGGAGGCUUCGGGAUGGAGGCCACUCUGCUACUGGUGGUGGGCUUCUCCCACACCCGCGGAAUGGCCAUCACCUUCCUGGUGCUGGCCGUGGGCUUCAGCGGCUUCGCCAUCUCGGGGUUUAAUGUCAACCACCUGGAUAUCGCUCCUCGCUAUGCCAGUAUCUUGAUGGGAAUCUCCAACGGUGUGGGAACUCUGUCAGGAAUGGUGUGCCCGCUGAUCGUCGGAGCGCUGACUAAAAACAAGACUCGGCUGGAGUGGCAGCACGUGUUUGUGAUCGCGUCCAUGGUGCACUACACCGGGGUCAUCUUCUACGCCCUGUUCGCCUCUGGAGAGGAGCAGGAGUGGGCCGACCCCGAGAACCUGAGUGAGGACAAACGCGGAAUCCUGGAUGAGGACGAGCUGGCCGAGGAGUCGGAGCUGGCAGUGGGGAAGAAGAGCUACGGGACCACGGGGGGCGCCCCCGGGAAGAGUCAGGCCUGGAAGAAGACGAGAGGGGUGACCAUGCAGGAGGACGGAGAGGACGGGAGUCACGAGAAUGGAAAUAUACAGGACCACUACCAGUAGUAGGCCUCCCAGGUCCCUAAGUCCUCUGCACACUACCCCUAGAAGUGUCCGAUACACCCUGGAACUGUCUGGAACAUCUGAUUAAAGUUAAAGACCAGCACCCAUUAUUUAUUUGCCAGCUUUUCUUUCAUGUUUUUUUCAUGCCUGCCUGAAACCUAAUACUUCCCCUUAAGAGACGGUCCUUACCACACAAACAAAGCAAUACAUAUGGGCUUUAAAUUACUCAGUACAAGUAUUUGAGUGAAAACUUUGAUUAGUAUGUCUAUAAUAAAAAACAAAUGUCAAAUCUGACAAAGGAUGUGAAUCCUUGCACAACGUAGAUCCCGCUGGGUGUUGAUGUACAAGUUGUAUGUUCUGAAUGUAAACCAUGAAGGACUCUAACCACCAGGCCUUGAGCUCAUCUCUAGAUGCCUCGUUUCCAUCCAUACGUAUAAUAUGUUCUCACAACGUGUAAUACCAGCCCUGAAUGUGCAGGUGAGGAAAUAUUAUUGCAAUGUCUUUCUGUCAGCUAUGCAACGUGAAAAGAGUUGUUCUUGGUAUGUGAAUGUUCGUUAGACAUAAUUUGAACAGACCUCGUUGAUCAAGUCUUUAUUUGUGAUAAAAUGUCCAACAACAGCCUUGCUGAUCAAAGUCUAAUCGUGUGGAGGAAUAGGAUUUUAUUGGACCAUAUUUGAUCACAAAUCAGAUUAUAGGUAUUUAUUUUUAACACAUGACUUCUAGCAGCCUUCUUUAUCAAUGGUGCUGAAAGAACGACACAAGACGACAGAAGUGUUGUGAGGUCAUCAGUGUGGAAACAUUUCUGCCUUUUUAGUGUUUUUGUUUGUUUUGUUCUGUACUGUAUAAAUGGAAACUAAGUGGUACCCAGAAGGCUAAGCAGGAUUCAAUAAUCCUUUAGGAAGGAAAGCAUUUGGUUCAUCGACAUUAUUGAUUGUAUUUUCUGGUUAAGAAUGUACUGUAGUAUAUUUUUUACAGUAAAUUAGAAUCCAAAUAUUUGAUAUAAAAAUUGAUUUUUGCUGUUGUUCUUUUGCACCUUACUAAUACAUUGCCAGUGUAUCAUGUAUCUAUUCUGUACUUGUAUUGAAGAUGUGUUGGUUUCAAACAUAAACUCUCUGAACCA